CUGUAAUGAAAUUUUAUUAUGGUCAGGUUGGUAGAAAUGUUAGUGCACCUUGGGAUCCAUCAAAUUUUUAUGUUGGCCAUUCCUCGAAGGAAUAGAAAUCAAAGUUUAUUAGAAAUGUCGUCAUUUUUACACAUGUGAAAAAUUUUGCGAAGAACUGUCAAUAUUAGUUUUUGUGAUGAACUUUGUAUAACAAAAUUCCAACAAUUUUACAUGAACUGUUCUGUGUGGAUGUUUGUUAUGAUAAGAAGUUAUAUGUGAAUUAGUGUUACAAAGUAUCUUUCAUUCUCCAGCAAACGUCAUUGGCAAUUUUACUACAAGAAUUGCUAAAUAAUUUAUUAUUAUGCUUCAUAUGGUGUAUUACACAGGAAAAAAUCUUCCCAAAUGAAUUAUAUCAAUAUAAGUUUGGUCUCUGGAAAUCCCCGGUAAUUCGAAACAAUGGACGGCAUUGGCGGCAGAAGACGUCUGGCUGCCAAGUCGUCGGCUGAGGACCAGGCUCUCGACCAAAUCGCCAAGGAGGCUGAGGAGCGUCUCCGCGUGAAGAGGCAAGCGAGGGCAGAGGCGCGGGAGAUCCGCAUGAAAGAGCUGGAGAAGCAACAGAAGGAACAAGAGGAAAAUGCCGACCGGCAGUUCGACAUGCUGGCCGAGCCGGUGGCCCGAACAGCGAGGACCAGCAUCAGCAGAUACAUGUCGAGCCGGAGGAGUUCGGAGGAUUCCCUCGAGGACGGCGGCAGCCUCAGGGAAUUGAGGCAUGAACUUAGAGAAGUAGAGGACAAAUUUAGGAAAGCUAUGAUAACUAAUGCUCAACUUGAUAAUGAAAAAUCCGCUCUUACUUAUCAAAUAGAACUACUUAAAGAUAAAUUACAAGAAUUAGAAGAAGAGCAAUCUCAGUUGAAGAGAGAGCACAAAGAGAAAUGUAGAGAACACGAUCAGAUGAAGAGGUUAUGUACAAAGCUCAAACUCGACCUCGAAGUAACGAAAACGGAGUUAGAUGAAAGGGAUAAACUUAUAACUGAACACGGCUUAGUGAUAGUGGCUGAAGAGAUAGAAGAAACCAACGGUGAUAUUAGUAUGAGUAGUGUGGGUACCCCCAAAAAGUCAUUAGUGAAGGUAGAAAAUGCUAAGUUUUUAGAGAACGCAGGCGAUGGCACGUUAGAUGUCAGACUUUCAAGAUUCAUCAAGGAGAAACGGGAUCUUGAAGACGAAAUAAAUCAUCUUAAAUUAGAAUUAGAAGAAGAAAAAAGUAAAAAGCGGAAGUCGCAUUCUCUCGGAAGUACCAAUGGUCCAGUGUCGGAUUACGAGACCGAAGGAGAUACACAAAAAGAUGGAAGUAGCUUAUUGGCAGAUUAUAAGUUCAGAGCCCAAAAAGCAGAACAGGAUGUCGCAACUUUGCAAGCAACAGUUGCGAGAUUGGAAAGCCAAGUGGUGCGAUAUAAAGCUGCGUCAGAGGCUUCUGAAAAAUUGGAAGAAACCCUGAAAACCGAGAAGAGAAAACUUCAGAGAGAAGCCCGAGACGCCAUAAAUAGGGCAGAAGAAUUAGAAACAUCGAAUCUGCAUUUGCUCAAACGGUUGGACAAACUGAAAAAUGCAAAAUCAACACUACUGAAGGAACUCUGACAGAAAUAACAAUAGAAAUUUGUAUGUUCUCUAAAGAGUUACACUGACGACUUGUACAUUAGAAACAAGAAGAAUCAUAAAUAGUUUCAUGAGCAAUCACAACUCGAGAUUAUCCCAUUCCAUUUGAAAAGUGUGCUUCUUUGUAUCUUGUCGAUUUAUCUCGUUGGCUUUCUUCGUUCGAAGCGAUAGUAUUUUUAUCAACCCAUCAGAUGAAUAUUCAAAACGUAUUAUUGGACCAGAGAUCACUUCGUUUGACUUGGGAGUAUCUUCAACUCAAACGGUCCUUCUGAUUAAGUGAAUAUCAGACAGGAUCGUUACGCCUGAGCAAAAAUUCAAAGAAAUAGGUUAAGGUCGAAACAUUAUGACUUGACCGUUUAUGUCACAUUGUGUAAUAGUUCUUUGGAUUAAAAAAAAACUAUAAAAUCCUACCAUUAUGAACUGUGAUAUUAAUUUAACAAUCAAACAGGUGGGGGUGUGAUGUCAGGUCAUAAUUUUUUUUUAAUUGAAAUUAAAACUAACAAUACACCAUAUAGCAAGCUUUUUUAUCACACAAUACUGUAAACGUGGAAGCAAUUGAAAUUUUUUGGGAGGAUUGGUUUCUCUUCGAAAGUUUUAAAUUUUUUCCUUUUGCAAAAGGAACCAUUAGGUGUUCAGAUGAAUCUGUCUGGGUUUUUCGGAAUCUUUAUUUUUCCUCUCGAUUUUCACCUAUAACUUGCUAAAAAGUACAAAAAUCCACUUUUACAAUGAUAAUAGAAAUUACAUACGAUCAAAGGAGUGUCAACUAGCAGUUGCGUGUAUUUUUCUUUGUCAAUUAUUGUAAGAAAUUGGAAUCCGUUAGGAACUAUGUGCCAUUUUGAAAUUUUUAUUUACCCAAUUUUCACAAGUGGUUGCUUCCAUCAAUGGUUAUACUCAUCGAUGUUUAUGAUCUAUUUUAAAACUUUUUGUUUUCAGUUUUAUCUCAAAUUUAUCCAUUGUCCUAAAUUUUAUUAUAUACCCGUUAUAUUUUUGUGUUUUAUGAAAUUUAUUUAUUAUUGUAAAAUAUGAGUCCUUAUUUAUUGAGUUUCUUCAUUGUUAAGAUUGUAAAUAUGUAAAGAAAUAAGGAAUUUCGAGACCUCAGGUUGGAAAAGAUCUAAUUCGCAGCGAUAUCAUCCCGUACUAAUCGGAAGUAGUUUAUAUUUGAUUAAGAAAUUUUUAAAGUGCUCAAAAAACAUGCAAAAUUUCAUUAUGUAUAAGAACAGACGUAUGUAUUUAGCUGAAUAAUCAAUAAAUUAAUACAUUAAU